AUGGUCCAGACGGUCGAGGUCGAGCUCUACCCGGGCCAUUGGGUGUGUUGGGGGGUAAUUGGCCUCUUUGUGGCUCUUGCGAAGGGACCAAGGCUCGAGAUGCUAUUCAGCUGCACAUGCACGGCAGCACAGAGGAUAUUAUUGCGCCGUAGACUCUGGUGUCAGAUCCUUGAGCUUGUUCUUGUUGGUGCCAAUGGGGGUCGGCGGCCUCGCGACUGUGGAGACGAACCAGGGGGAAGGUUGAUUGGGAUCAGGUCUGGUCAAGUCAAGUUGAAUUUUAUCCCUGUCCUGGGAUGCCAAGACUCAAAGUCCACAAUGGGUCACUGGUAUGGUGUUUUGUUCAGCCCGAGUCCACAGCGUCGGGUGGAAAAGUUUCAUUCAAUCUACCAAUGA